AUGCCAUCCGCUUCAGCAUCCGGCGCGGAUACUGGCGGUUCAGCCAGAUCACGCGAACACAACCAGGGGAACCAGGAUCGCAAAUACACAGCGGAGCAGAAGGCAGCCGUGAUCCGGAUACGAAAAUGCUCGACCACGGCGUACUACGAGAUUCUAGCCUUGGAGAAGUCAGCGUCGGAUGGAGAGAUCAAGAAGGCAUACCGCAAAUUGAGUUUAUUGACACAUCCCGAUAAGAACGGGUAUGAGGGAGCGGAUGAGGCAUUUAAGAUGGUCUCUCGUGCUUUCCAAGUACUAUCGGACCCGGACAAGAAAUCCAAGUAUGACAAGUUCGGUGGAGAUCCGGACAGCAGGUUCACACCUGGUGCUGGGCCCUCGGGGGCGUCUCCUUUCAGUGGCUUUGGUGGUGGUGGGUUCCCGCGCUCAGCGGGUGCUGGUGGUCCUAUGUUCGAGGAGGAGAUAUCGCCAGAGGAGCUGUUCAAUCGCUUCUUCAAUGGCGGGUUCGGAGGAGGAGGGUUCGGCCCUUUCGGAGGUCCUCAGUUUGUUUUCAACAUGGGAGGAGGCCCAGGUUUCCGGGUACACCAGUUUGGAGGGCCACGACCGCGACGAAGACCGCGCGAAGCCAGCGCUCAGGCCGAAGCCGCACCGUCUGGCUGGGCAACGUUCCAGUCACUACUCCCUCUUAUCCUCCUAUUCGUGCUUCCUCUGCUCUCCUCUCUUUUCUCUGGCUCGUCGUCCCCUUCCGGUCCUUCCUACAGAUUUGAUGCCGCUGUACCCCCUCACACCAUGCAGCGGACAACACCGAAGUACAGUAUCAAUUAUUUCGUCAAUCCUAGGGACGUGGAAGACUACAGUGCGAAGAAACUUCGCCAGUUGGACACAAAAGUGGAAGUGGACUAUAUCACCAAAUUGCGGUACGAAUGCGAGAGCGAAGUACAUGCUCGGGACCGGAUGAUGCAAGAAGCCCAGGGCUGGUUCUUCCCAGACGUAGAGAAGAUGAAGGAGGCGAGGGCCAUGGAGCUUAAGAGUUGCCGGCGGUUAGAUUCUCUGAAGGGGAGAUAUUAA